AUGGCAGCACAGAAGAACGCCCCUCUUCAUAGAGACCCAAACAUUCCAAGAAGGCAAAAAGAUGCCGAUUUCAGAUUUCUCGAAAUUUUAUUAGAAUGCAGCAAGUACUACGGAGCCAUACCAGUACAAGUACAAAAAAACGGGUACUUACCAAAACUUCACCGAUGGAUAGUACUGACCCUCCUGCUAUUCUUUGUCGCCCAAACGUGUAUAUCUUUGCCAACCCCCGACAGCAUUCUAACCCUGCUUCAAAUCAUCUGGCAAGUGAUAGAUAUUUGCUUCCUCUACAGCUCCGUCUACCAAGCAAAUUUUUCCACGUCAGAAAAUUGGAGUUUACUCCUGAGGUACCUGAGCGCCUCAGAGGAGUUGCUCGGAAAACUCGGAUUCCACUCGCAAAAUCAGCAACUGAAGAUUUCGAUGCAGAUUUUCUCGAUUUGGACUUGCUCUUUCCUGCUCAUCGCUUGGAACGUGUUUUUCUUGAUUCGGGAGCCGACUGGCAACUUUGCUAGCUACAGCUGGCUCAUCGUCAACAUUUACGUCACAACUUUUAUCACUAUUAUUUUUCUGUUGACGAAAAUCCUGCAGCGGAGAUACAGGCAUAUCCACACCAAAAUAGGGAGGCAGUUGAGGAAAAAUCAUCUUGAGGCUUUCGAAUUGGAUUUCGAGAAUACCGUGAAGCUUUUGAGAACCAUGCACGAGGUGGUGAAACAGAUGAACAGUAUUUUUGGCUGGCAGUUUUUCUUCUUUGUCAACAUCAUAAUCAUACGGGUGGUCUAUUCGUGUUUUAUAGCUGUGUUCUUUCUGAAUCCGAGCAACCCUGGAAAACAAGUAGAAACAGUCCUUUAUGUGAUAUCUUUGAUACUUCUUGUGUUGCCAUGCGACCUUCUGGAGGAGACAAGCAAAGACAUCGUGAAGACCUGUUACGCCUCGCACCUGAGAAUCGCCGAUGAGAGAACUAGAGACCGCCUGAUGGAUUUGGGCCGAUACGCGGUCGAUUGGAAGCCGGCCCUGUCGGCAGCAGGAUUUUUCGCUAUCAGGAAGGAAUGCUUGAAUUCCGCCUUUGAAAAUUUCGUUACAUAUCUGGUCGUCAGUAUACAAUUCAAAAUGUCAUUGGAUAGUUCUGACACAUGA